AUGGCAGAGAAGACUCUCGACAAAUUGAAUUUUCUCUCUCUCGUCUCCAAUGUCUGUAAUGAACUGGAGACGCAUGUAGGUCAAGCGCCAAAGGUUUUGGCCGAGUUCCUCAUAGAUAUUGGCCGCCACUCUGAGACCGUUGAUGAAUUCGUUAAGAGGUUGAAGGAGGACGACGCAGAGAUGCCGGAUUAUUUACUUCGCUCGCUGUUAACUGUAAUCCACGGGAUUUACCCGCCGAAGCCCAAGUCUGAGAAGAAGGUAGAGGAUCUAGACGACGGAGAUAUGGAGAGAUUCCAAAUUUCAGCGAUUAAGGAUACCAAGGACACAGGGAAUGCGCUUGAAAGAGAAGUUCCGGAGCGACAUAGAGAAGAGGAUCGGGAUAGGGUUUGCGACCGGAGAGAAUCUGGUAGGGAUCGAGAUGAUAGAAAGAGACCCCGUGGAGAUGAUGAUGGUAGAGGAAGAAGAAGUGAUAGGCAUAGAGAAAGAGCUCGUGGCGAUGGAAGAAGUGACAGACGUGACUACUCGGAGGAUAGAUUCGGUGGUACGAAUGAGCCGGAGUUGUAUCAGGUAUACAGAGGUAGAGUAACUAGGGUUAUGGAUUCAGGAUGUUUUGUUCAACUCGAUAGAUUGAGAGGAAAAGAAGGUCUGGUUCAUGUUUCUCAGAUGAGUAGUAGAAGGGUUGAAAAGGCCAGAGAUUUUGUGAAGCGGGGUAUGGAGGUUUUCGUCAAACUAAUAUCUAUUUCGAAUGAAAAAUACAGUCUUUCUAUGAGAGAUGUUGAUCAGAAGACGGGCAGAGAUUUGAUCCCUCUGAAGGAGCCUUCACACGAUGAUGAUUCAUCCAGGAGUAAUCCAUCAUAUAGACCAACCAAGACUGGGAUUUCGGGAAUCCGGAUUGUGGAGGAGAGUGAUGCUGCGCCUUCACGCAAGCCAUUGAAGAAGAUGAGCUCCCCUGAGAGGUGGGAAGCUAAGCAGUUGAUUGCCUCUAGUGCCUUGAAAAUGGAUGAUUUUCCAGAUUAUGAUGAGGACAGAGACGAAGGUGCUGAAGAAGAACUUGAGAUUGAGAUGAACGAAGAAGAGCCUGCUUUCUUACAAGGCCAUACCAGGUGCUCUGCUGACAUGUCUCCAGUAAAGAUCUUCAAGAAUCCUGAAGGUUCCUUGAGUCGUGCCGCUGCACUUCAGUCUGCCCUCACUAAGGAGAGGAAAGAGAUGAGGGACCAGCAGCAAAGAGCGAUGCUUGACUCGAUCCCGAAGGAUCUGAAUCGUCCUUGGAAAGAUCCUAUGCCUGAAUCUGGUGAAAGGCAUCUUGCCCAGGAGCUUAGGGGUGUGGGGUUGUCAGCUUGCGACAUACCUGAGUGGAAGAAGGAUGCUUUUGGGAAAACACCCACUUUUGGACAGAGAUCAAAGCUUUCUAUCAAGGAGCAAAGGGAGAGCCUACCUAUAUACAAGUUGAAAAAGGAGCUGAUACAAGCUGUUCACGAUAAUCAAGUCUUGGUGGUUAUUGGUGAGACUGGAUCCGGGAAGACAACACAGCUUACUCAAUAUCUUGCCGAGGCAGGUUACACAACAAAAGGAAAGAUUGGGUGUACCCAGCCUCGUAGGGUCGCUGCAAUGUCUGUCGCCAAGAGAGUGGCUGAGGAGUUUGGCUGUUGUUUGGGAGAGGAGGUAGGGUAUGCGAUUCGGUUUGAGGAUUGUACUGGACCAGAUACAGUGAUCAAGUACAUGACCGAUGGUAUGCUUCUCAGGGAGGUUCUGAUAGAUGAAAACCUCUCUCAAUACUCUGUGAUCAUGCUUGAUGAAGCUCACGAGCGGACAGUUAACACUGAUGUGCUGUUUGGUCUUUUAAAGAAGCUGUUGGAACGCAGGCCUGACCUUCGUCUGAUAGUCACGUCUGCCACAUUGGAUGCAGAGAAAUUCUCUGGGUAUUUCUUCAACUGUAACAUUUUUUCAGUUCCUGGAAGAGCCUUCCCUGUUGUGAAUCUGUAUGUGAAACAGCCAGUAAGCGAUUACUUGGAUGCAGCUCUGGGAAUAGUUCUCGAGAUUCACUUGACUGAGUCGGAGGGUGACAUUCUCCUCUUCUUGACGGGACAGAAAGAAAUCGAUUAUGCAUGCGAGUCUCUGCACGAUAAAAUGAAGAUGCUUGGUAAAGGAGUUCCUAAACUCAUCAUACUUCCUGUUUACAGUGCCCUUCCUAGUGAAAUGCAGUCUAGAAUAUUCGAUCCUGCCCCUCCUGGUACGCGGAAAGUGAACGUGUAUAAUCCAAAGCAAGGGAUAGAAUCGCUAGUCGUAACUUCAAUCUCACAGGCGUCUGCGAAGCAGAGGGCUGGACAUGCUGGUCGGACCGGUCCGGGGAAAUGUUACCGUCUCUACACCGAGAGCACACACAACAACGAGAUGGUUCCUACAUCAAUCCCUGAGAUCAAGAGGAUUAAUCUUGGAAUCACAACGCUGACCAUGAAAGCAAUGGGCAUUAACGACCUGUUAUCAUUUGACUUCAUGGAUCCACCCCAACCGCAGGCUUUGAUCUCUGCUAUGCAACAGCUGUACAGCCUGGGGGUUUUAGAUGAGGAAGGAUUGUUGACAAAGCUAGGAAGAAAAAUGGCGGAGUUUCCUCUUGAACCACCGCUCUCUAAAAUGUUGCUGACGAGUGUGGAUCUCGGGUGCAGCGAUGAGGUUUUAACGAUGAUUGCUAUGAUCCAGGCGGGCAACGUAUUCUAUAGACCGAGGGAGAAGCAAGCUAAAGCAGACGAAAAAAAGGCCAAGUUUUUCCAGCCUGAAGAUGACCACUUGACAUUGCUAACUGUAUAUGAAGCUUGGAAGGCCAAGAACUUCUCAGGUCCAUGGUGUUUCGAAAACUUUCUACAGUCACGAUCAUUACGGCAUGCUCAAGACGUGAGGAAACAACUUGUCAGCAUCAUGGACAAGCAUAAACUAGAUGUUGUAAGCACGGGAAAGAAUUUCACCAAGAUAAGGAAAGCAAUCACGGCAGGACUCUUCUUUCAUGUAGCAAGAAAAGAUCCGCAGGAAGGUUACAGGACGCUAGUGGAGAACCAACCGGUUUACAUUCACCCGAGCAGCGCGCUGUUCCAGAGGCAACCGGAUUGGGUGAUAUAUCAUGAUGUUAUGAUGACGAGCAGAGAGUAUAUGAGAGAAGUGACUGUGAUCGACCCAAAGUGGCUUAUUGAGUUAGCUCCAAGGUUCUUCAAAGCCGCUGAUACGACCAAAUUGAGUAAGCGUAAGCGCCAAGAACGGAUCGAGCCUCUGUAUGAUCGACAUCCUAGUCUUUACAGAAAUUAUGUGCUAGAAAAAGAAGAUGUUGAAAACCUUGGUCUUAACAUGGAUGAACUUAGCGCAGCUUUGGCGAUAAUGGCAGACAAUUUAAAUGGUCUCAAUGCAGAUAAGCUAUUUGUCAACGUGAGAUGCUUGACAUUGAUUGGGAAGGCACUUUAUGCUCAUGAUGAGAACUAUCGUUUCAAAAUAGAUUGCGUUUUUGCUUUAGCAGAUCUAGACAAAAGAAAAUACUAA